CAAGUGACCACGGACAAAGAGAGAUACCAAAGGAUUGUUGGUAAGCUUAUUUACUUGUCACAUACUCGACCAUAAGUGUAGUGAGUCAAUUCAUGCACUACCCUAGUGAAGCCCAUAUGAAUGCAGUAACUAGAAUUCUUCGGUAUUUAAAGUUCUCAAAUGGGAAAGGACUAAUGUAUUCUGAAAAUGAUCAUUUGAACAUUGAUGGAUACACCGACGCAGAUUGGGCAAGAAAUAUUUCAGAUAGGAAGUCAACUUCAAGCUACUUCACCUUCGUAGGAGGUAAUCUCGUCACUUGGAGGAGCAAGAAACAAAAAGUUGUUGCACUAUCCAAUGCUGAAGCAGAAUUUCGAGGUAUGGCCAAAAGUGUGUGUGAACUUCUUUGGCUGAGAAGGCUGUUAACGAAAAUAGGCUUUGCUCUCAGCUCAGAAAUGAACCUGUUUUGCGACAAUAAGGCAACCAUUGGCAUCUCUUAUAAUGCUAUUCAACAUGAUCGGACUAAGCAUGUUGAGGUCGAUCGACACUUCAUUAAACAAAAUCUUGAAGAAAAAAUCAUUUGGUUCCCAUUUGUCAAGUCAUAAGACCAGCCUUGCAGAUGUACUCACGAAAGCCAUAUCCAGCAUAAAUUUCUACAUCUCACUCGGCAAGUUGGGCAUUAGAGACAUCUAUGCACCAACUUGAGGGAGAGUGUUGGCGUGAGCUGUGCUCUGUACAAGGAUCAAAUUAGAUUAUUUAUAGAAAGUGUUUCUUUGUAAAAUCCCUUACUUAAAAGGGUCAACCAUAAUUAUAGCC